UGUUCGCUUGGGUUUUAUAUUUGGAUGGCCAUGCUUUUCAGAGGAUCCCUGCAGGGGGAACAUCAGAGGAGGCUGUACAAAGAGCUGCUGGCUAACUACAACAGACUGGAAAGACCUGUGGUCAAUGACUCUGCUGCCAUCUUGGUGGAGCUGGGCCUCACGCUGCUCCAGAUCAUAGAUGUGGAUGAGAAGAACCAAGUGCUGAUGACCAAUGCAUGGCUGCAGCUGUACUGGACAGAUAUCUACCUGAGCUGGAAUCCAGAAAACUACCCCGGCGUCCAGAACCUGCGAUUCCCUUCAGACCAGAUCUGGACCCCUGACAUCCUCCUUUACAACAGUGCGGACGAGAGGUUCGAUGCCACCUUCCACACCAACGUACUGGUAAAUGCAUCAGGUUACUGCCAGUACAUCCCCCCUGGCAUCUUGAAGAGCACCUGCUACAUCGACGUGCGUUGGUUCCCCUUUGACAUUCAGAAGUGUGACUUGAAGUUUGGCUCGUGGACACACAACGGCUGGCUACUGGACCUCCAGAUGCUGGAUGUGGACACGUCCACAUACAUACCCAAUGGAGAGUGGGACCUUGUGGGUGUGCCAGCUAAGCGUAAUGAGCUGUAUUACGAGUGCUGUAAGGAGCCCUACCCUGACGUGACAUUUACAGUCACGAUGCGCCGCAGGACUCUAUAUUAUGGACUCAAUCUGCUUAUUCCCUGUGUGCUGAUCUCUGGCUUGGCCCUUCUGGUUUUCUUGCUACCUGCAGACUCUGGGGAAAAGAUCUCUCUGGGCAUCACUGUGCUGCUUUCGCUAACUGUCUUCAUGCUUCUGGUAGCAGAGAUCAUGCCUGCUACGUCCGACUCUGUUCCUCUCAUCGCCCAAUACUUUGCCAGCACCAUGAUGAUUGUGGGAAUGUCUGUGGUGGUGACUGUUAUAGUCCUGCAGUUUCACCAUCAUGACCCUCAGGGAGGCAAGAUGCCCAAGUGGGUUAGGGUAGUUCUGUUGAACUGGUGUGCUUGGUUUCUUCGCAUGAAACAACCCGGAGAUGAGCGCAAGCGGCCUGGGUACAAGUACCGUCACUCCUCCCAGCAUCACUCCAGCACCAGUUCCAUAGAGAUGGGCACCUCCAACGGUUCCAUGAGUCUCUACUUUGGCAGUUACCACCCCAUAGAGAGUCCACACUGCCCACCUUCUAGCGACUCUGGGGUGGCGUUAGGCGGGCGUGCCCACGGCUCCCCCAGCGACGAGGCUGAGCCACCGGGAGGAGUUGGCGGUGGUGUUGGAGGCCUGGGGAUGGGAGUUGGCAUCCCCCCACCAGAGAUCCAGCGUAUCCUGGAGGAGGUGUCGUACAUAGCCCAGCGGUUCCGGGACCAGGACGAGGCUGAGGCCAUCUGCAGCGAGUGGAAGUUUGCAGCGGCGGUGGUGGACCGUCUGUGUCUGGUGGCCUUCUCUCUCUUCUCCAUCAUUUGCACCUUCACCAUUCUCAUGUCAGCACCUAACUUCAUAGAGGCUGUUUCCAAGGACUUCACAUAG